AUGUUGCUGGCGGGGAUCAGCAUGUUGUCCUGGCUCGAAGCUGCGCUCACUGCCUUGCUGGCCCUGGGGCUCCUCCUCACCGUGUCCCGGCACUUGUGGACUCUCAGGUGGACUCUGAGCAGGGACCGGGGCAGCGCUCUGCCCCUCCCCAAAGGCUCCAUGGGGUGGCCGUUCUUCGGGGAGACCCUGCACUGGCUUGUCCAGGGCUCUAGCUUCCACAGCUCCCGCCGGGAGAAGUACGGCCACGUGUUCAAGACCCACCUGCUGGGCAAGCCUGUCAUCCGCGUGACCGGAGCCGAGAACAUCCGCAAGAUCCUGCUGGGGGAGCACAGCCUGGUCAGCACCCAGUGGCCCCAGAGCACCCAGAUCAUCCUGGGCUCCAACACUCUGCUCAACUCCAUCGGCGAGCUGCACCGCCAGCGGAGGAAGAUCCUGGCUAGAGUCUUCAGCCGCGCUGCCCUGGAGAGCUACCUCCCUGGGAUCCAGAAGGUCGUGAGCUGGGAGCUGCGGGGCUGGUGCAGGGAGCCUGGCUCCGUCGCGGUUUAUUCCUCCGCUAAAACUUUGACUUUCCGCGUUGCAGCUCGGGUUCUGCUGGGCCUCAGCCUGGAAGAAAAGCAGUUUAAGGACCUGGCCAAAACCUUUGAGCAGCUGGUGGAGAACCUGUUCUCCUUGCCCCUGAACAUCCCGUUCAGUGGGCUGCGCAAGGGGAUCAAAGCCCGGGAUAUGUUACAUGAGUACAUGGAGAAAGCCAUAAUGGAAAAACUACAAAGAAAGAACUCGGAAGGUCAUAGUGAUGCUCUGGAUUUCUUAAUAAACAGUGCCAAGGAUCAUGGCAAAGAAUUCACCAUGCAGGAGCUGAAGGAGUCAGCGAUUGAGCUGAUAUUUGCUGCUUUCUUCACCACUGCUAGUGCCAGCACUUCUCUGAUUCUUCUGCUACUGAAACACCCCUCGACGGUAGAAAAAAUAAGACAGGAACUGGUGUCCCAUGAAUUGCAUUGGCAGUGCCAUUGCCUUUCGCCUGCAGUCUCCCAAAAGAACCACCCAUAUAUUGAACCCUGCCAAGAUACACCGAUGGUCCAGGAGAAAGAAAGGAAGGACAGUGACCCUCAACAGCGUCUCCUCUCCACGCCAGAAGGGACGCCGAAGAAUCAAAGUCAGCAACUUGAUCUAAAGGCAGAAGGAGAGGCUGGGGGUGGUUUUAUCCGGCGGCCUCCUCUCCUUAAGGAGCUCACGUUAACCAGAAUGACACAAGAAACAAUUAGUUUGAAUACAAACGAUCAUUAUUCAAACCACAGGCAAGAGGAAGCCGGCCAGCCGCCCAGCAGGUUCGAGGUGCCCACAGGGCCAGUGAUUCCAGAGGCAGAGUGUCAUUGUCAGCCUGAGAUGAACUUGGAUAAACUGAGCCGUCUGCGCUACUUGGACUGUGUGAUUAAGGAGGUCCUUCGCGUGCUGCCGCCCGUUUCUGGAGGCUACAGGACUGCCCUGCAGACCUUUGAGCUGGAUGGCUACCAGAUCCCCAAGGGCUGGAGCGUGAUGUACAGCAUCCGAGACACCCACGAGACCGCGGCCGUGUACCAGAGCCCCCCCGAGAGCUUCGACCCGGACCGGUUCGGCUCGGCCCGGCAGGAGGACAGCAAGGGGGCAGGACGCUUCCAUUACAUCCCAUUCGGCGGGGGGGUCAGGAGCUGCAUCGGCCAGGAGCUGGCCAAGGCCAUCCUCAAGCUGCUGGCCAUCGAGCUGGUCAGCACGGCCCGCUGGGAGCUGGCCACCCCCAGCUUUCCCGAGAUGCAGACGGUGCCCAUCGUGCAUCCCGUGGACGGGCUGCAGCUCUUCUUCCACCCCGUGCAGCCCGGCGGCGCCAGCACCCGCCGCCAGGUGUCCCGGGAAGCUUGA